AUGACUUCUCAACAAAAAGUUACUGAAGAUGCUCAUGUUCUCGGAGACUUUAGCGUUACUCCUAUUGGAGUUGGUACCAGUACUUCCAACUACAUUGCUGAAACUCAAAAAGUCCUGAAGGAAUCUGGUUUGAAUUAUAAACUUCACGCAAGCGGUACGAACAUCGAAGGACGCUGGGACGAUGUGUUGUCCACUAUUCGUAAAUGCGUUGAUCGUUUGUACGAGAUGGGAGUCUCGCGUGUUGACAUUAACAUUCGUAUCAAUGCAAGUACUCGCACUGAUAAGAAAUUGACCUUGGAAGAUAGCAUUCGUAUCACCGAGAUGUCGAUGUAG